UACAGCUUCUGUCUUUUUUGGUCUACUAGAAGGCUCCAAUAUCUUCUCUGAGAAAGAAACAGCCCAAAAAAGAGCCAUUCACUCAAAUCACUUCAUUUCACCGUUCGAUUCAUCCAGAUCCGAAAAUGAACGACACAGAUGUAUCCAAGCAGAUCCAGCAGAUGGUCAGAUUCAUCCGCCAAGAAGCGGAGGAAAAAGCCAAUGAGAUUUCCGUUUCCGCUGAAGAAGAAUUCAACAUUGAGAAGUUGCAGCUAGUGGAAGCGGAGAAGAAGAAGAUCAGACAAGAAUUCGAACGCAAGGAGAAACAAGUUGACGUCCGCAAGAAAAUUGAGUAUUCCAUGCAACUCAAUGCCUCUCGGAUCAAAGUUCUCCAAGCUCAGGAUGACUUGGUUAGCUCCAUGAAGGAAGCAGCAGCAAAGGAGCUCUUACAUGUUAGCCAUCACCACAACCAUCAUAUCUAUAAGAAGCUUCUUCAUGAUCUUAUUGUUCAGAGUUUACUCAGACUUAAAGAGCCUUCUGUCCUACUGCGUUGUCGAAAAGAUGAUGUACACCUGGUAGAAGAUGUAUUGGAUGCUGCAAAGGAGGAGUAUGCAGAGAAGGCAAUGGUCCACUCACCUGAGAUCAUAGUUGACCACAUCCACCUUCCACCCGCCCCAUCUCAUCAUAAUGCACAUGGUCCUUCUUGCUCUGGAGGAGUAGUAUUGGCUUCUCGAGAUGGGAAAAUUGUGUGUGAGAACACACUUGAUGCCAGAUUGGAAGUUGUGUUCCGUAAAAAACUACCCGAGAUUCGCAAGUGUCUAUUUGGUCAGGUUAUUGCCUGAUGGAUUGUAAGCGUCUGUAAUUAUCACGCUUGUCUCAGGAUCCUGAAACUGGAUAUCGACUGAUAAAUUAUCAUCAAGGUUUUUGCUUGUGUACCAUUUCUUUUCCGUAAAAGACAUACUGCUUAGUUUUUAUGGUCCUACAUUCACUGGGGCAUAGCGGCAGACUCCCUUAAGCGAUACUUAAUAUUCUAGCAUUAAGCUUUAAGCAUUUUUUCCCUAUUCUAAUGUGCUGCAAUAAAUGUAAGUUGCCUGAACCCUGAGUUUGGUCGAGACAAUAAAAUGAUAAUGAGUGGCGGCCCUCUGUACUUUGGCCAUGUUUUAGUAUAA